AUGGCUGCCAUCAACUUCGCCUCCACCGCCUGCUCUGCUGGCAACCGUGGACAGCUCGUCGACGGCUUGUCCCAAUGGCAAUGCAGCAACGCUAAUCCAUGUAGUGCAACUGCGACUGCGGCUGGCAGAGCAUCGACAAUAAUCCUCUAUGUCCUGCCUGUCAGGUCCCUCGCUGCAGAAGCUGUAUCUACUGUUAAGACCUAG